AUGGGUCUUUGCCGUUUUGGACGGUGCCCUGGCGGAAGUGCCGGGGAGGCAGCGCGCCUGCGCGGUGACGGGCCGGGGCCCGGCGGAGCGGCGGCAUUUCCGGGGGCGGGGCGGGCGCGCGCAGGCGCGGCGGCGUCUCCGAGGGUCGGGGCGGGGGCCUGGCGGAAGCGGCCGGGCGGGGCGGGGCGGGAGCUGCGCCUGCGCGGAGCGGCUCCGGGGCCCGGCGGAGCGGCGGCGGCGGCGGCGGCGGCGGGGGCCGCCAUGGCGGAGCCCGGCGGGGGGAAGGUGGACGUCAACCGGGCCGGAGUCCCGGAGCUGGAGGCGGCGCUGCGCGGCGUGGGCCGCAGGAGAGCCCGGGCCAUCGUGCGGAAGCGAGAGGAGCUGCGGGGCUUCGGCUCCCUCGACGACCUGCUGCGCGUCAAGGGCGUCACCGCCCGCAUCCUGGACCUCAACCGGCCGCGCCUGCUGUGCGGGGACCCCGCGCCCCGACCCCCGCCCCAGGUCCUGUCUCACCAGGUUCGUGCCGAGGACCGUAGCGGCGACGGAGCGGAGGAGCCGGGGGCCGGAGCGGAGGGGCUGGGCUUCGGGGGGCUCCGGCGACAGCGGCGGCAGGAGGAGCGGCGGCAGGAGGAGGAGGAGGAGGAGGAGGAGGGGGCCGCCGGCCGGGGGGGCUCCCGCGGCGGCGAGGAGCCCGAGGGGUCGGAGGCCGGCGGGGCCGGCCGGGGCGAUGUCUAUCUCUACUACUCGGUGGACGAGGGCUGGAUGGACUACCUGGACGGCUCCGACACCGGCGGCCUGGUGCCGCCCAAGAUGAAACGGAAGCUGGAGUCGGGGCCGGCCGGGCGGGCGCCGUCGCCGGGGAAGAAGCUGUGCAAGGGCCCCGCCUACCGCAGGUCCCCGGGCCCCCCGACGUUCGGAGAGCUGCGCGGCGGCCCGCACGGCCCGGCCCGCCGGCGCCUCCCGCCCCGGGCUCCUCCGCCCCAGCUGCAGGAGUGGCUGCACACCUUCCAGGCCUGGAGCGGCCCGCAGCAGCUGGUGGCCCUGGACGAGCUCCUGGACAGGUGCGAGCCGGCCCAGGUGCGGCACGUCAUGCAGCUGAUCCAGCCCCAGUUCCAGCGCGACUUCAUCUCCCUGCUGCCCAAGGAGCUGGCCCUGCACGUCCUGUCGUUCCUGGAGCCCCGGGACCUCCUGCGGGCCGCCCAGACCUGCCGCUGCUGGCGCGUCCUGGCCGAGGACAACCUGCUGUGGCGCGAGAAAUGCCGGGAUGAGGGGAUCGAGGAGCCGCGCUCGGUGCGGCGCGGACGCCUGCUCAGCCCCGGCUUCAUGUACAGCCCCUGGAAGCUGGCCUUCCGCCGGCAGCACCAGAUCGACAGCAACUGGCGAAGCGGGGACAUCCCCCCGCCCAAGGUGCUCAAAGGCCACGACGACCACGUCAUCACCUGCCUGCAGUUCUGCGGGAACCGCAUCGUCAGCGGCUCCGACGACAACACGCUCAAGGUGUGGUCGGCGGUGACCGGCGAGUGUGUGCAGACCCUGGUGGGGCACACGGGGGGCGUUUGGUCCUCCCAGAUGCGGGAGAAGUUGGUGAUCAGCGGGUCCACCGACCGGACGCUGCGCGUGUGGGACGCCGACAGCGGGGCCUGCGUGCACACGCUGCACGGCCACACCAGCACCGUGCGCUGCCUCCACUUGCACGGGGACCGGGUGGUGAGCGGUUCCCGGGACGCCACGCUGCGGCUGUGGGACGUGCGGACCGGGCGCUGCCUGCACGUGCUGAGCGGCCACGUGGCGGCCGUGCGCUGCGUCCAGUACGACGGGCGCAAGGUGGUCAGCGGCGCCUACGACUACACCGUCCGCGUGUGGGACCCCGAGAGCGAGAGCUGCCUGCACACCCUUCAGGGCCACACCAACCGCGUCUACUCCCUGCAGUUCGACGGCGUGCACAUCGUCAGCGGCUCCCUGGACACGUCGAUCCGGGUGUGGGACGUGGAGAGCGGCAGCUGCCUGCACACGCUCACCGGCCACCAGUCCCUGACCAGCGGCAUGGAGCUGCGGGAGGCCACGCUCGUGUCGGGGAACGCCGACUCCACGGUCAAGAUCUGGGACAUCCGCACCGGCCAGUGUCUGCAGACCCUGCAGGGGCCCCACAAACACCAGAGCGCCGUGACGUGUCUGCAGUUCAGCGCCAAGCUGGUGGUGACCAGUUCGGACGACGGGACGGUCAAGCUGUGGGACCUGCGCACGGGGGACUUCGUGCGGGACCUGGUGGCCCUGGAGAGCGGGGGCAGCGGGGGGGUGGUGUGGCGCAUCCGGGCCUCCAACACCAAACUGGUGUGCGCCGUGGGCAGCCGCAACGGCACCGAGGAGACCAAGCUGCUGGUGCUGGACUUCGACGCCGACGUCGCCAAGUGACCGGCUCCGGCCCCCACCUCGG